UGUCCAAUCGGCGCAGCUUCUUGCGCCGGAAGUUUUGAGUGAACGGAACGCGGGAAAUACACAGGAGUCUUCAGCUGUUCAACAUAAACCGGGAAACAUUUCGAAAUAACGUAAAUUGACUGGAAAACAGCGCAGCAGCAUGAAGGUGGUAACGUGUGAGAUUGCGUGGCACAACAAGGAGCCAGUCUACAGUCUGGACUUCCAGCACAGCCCCGAAGGACGCGUCCACCGCCUGGCCACAGCCGGAGUGGACACCACAGUCAGACUGUGGAGGGUGGAGAUGGGCCCAGAUGGGAAGGCAGUGGUGGACUUUCUGUCCAACUUGGCCAGACAUACCAAGGCUGUCAAUGUGGUGCGCUUCUGUCCAAAUGGCGAGCUGCUUGCCUCUGGAGGAGAUGAUGCUGCCAUUCUGCUGUGGAAGCUCAAUGACAGUAAGGAGCCAGAGCAAGCUCCAGUUUUUCAGGAGGAUGAGGAUGCUCAGCUCAACAAAGAGAGCUGGUCUGUGGUCAAGACACUAAGGGGACAUAUAGAGGAUGUUUAUGACAUCUCUUGGACCCGCGAUGGAAAUUUCAUGGUGUCUGGGUCUGUCGACAACACUGCCAUCAUGUGGGACAUCACAAAAGGUCAGAAGUUGUGCAUCUUCAAUGACCAUAAGAGCUAUGUGCAGGGAGUGGCCUGGGAUCCUCUGGGGCAAUAUAUUGCCACUCUCAGCUGUGAUAGAGUGAUGCGCGUGUACAGCACUCACACCAGGAAGAAGGCCUACUGCGUCAGUAAGAUGAGCUCUGGGCCAAUUGGAGAGGGAGAGGUCAAGCAUUACAGGAUGUUCCACGAUGACAGUAUGAGAUCGUUCUUCAGGCGCCUCACCUUCACACCAGAUGGAUCCUUCCUGCUCACGCCAGCGGGAUGUGUGGAGACAGGAGAGAACAUCACAAAUACCACCUAUAUCUUUUCCAGGAAGGGCUUUAAGAGGCCUAUAGCCCAUUUACCCUGCCCAACCAAAGCUACCCUGGCUGUGCGCUGCUGCCCUGUCUACUUUGAAUUGAGGACCAAGAAGGGAGAAGAUGGUUCAACCCAGGCUCUGCCCAAUGUUUUCCAGUUGCCAUACCGUAUGGUGUUUGCAGUGGCAUCUGAGGACUCAAUCUUCCUGUAUGACACACAGCAGACUCUUCCCUUCGGCUUUGUGUCCAAUAUCCACUACCACACACUCAGCGACCUCACAUGGUCUCGUGACGGUUCCUUCCUGGCAGUGUCUUCCACAGACGGCUACUGCUCCUUCCUGUCGUUCUCUCCUGGGGAGCUGGGAACUCCUCUGAAGGAGCCCCCUGCCCUGGAGGUCAUCACACCAACAAAUGGCCCUGACAAAAAGGGCAAGAAGUCUUCAGUGGCCAGGACCUCCUCUCCUGUACCCCAGCCUCAAACCUCUGCCCCCGCUCCCACAUCCCAAAGCAGUCUCAGUAAAGACGCCCCCUCCACGCCUGUGUCCUCCCUCACUUCCCCAGAGGACAAGAAGAACCUCGGGAGUGCCAAGACUAAGCCUCAGCCCCGUAGGAUCACGCUCAACACGCUCGAGGGCUGGGGGAAGCCCUCUACCCCUAAAGUCACAACCUCUUCACCUCAGACCCCAACAAGAGCUCCCUCUACUCCCCAGCCUCAGACGACCCCUCUUACCCCCACCAGCUCCACAACCCAGUCACACGCCGCCCCUCUUACCCCCACCAGCUCUUCCACAGCCCAGCCUCGACCCGCGCCCCUCACCCCCUCCACCCCUAAAGUCCUCAACAGCGGGCCCAGUACUCCAAAGGCCACAACCACCCCCAAGGGGCCCACUCCACGACGAGUAUCACUGACUCCUGUUGCACCCCGCUCUCUAGCUGCCAGUCCUCUCUUCACCACUCCCUCCUCCACUGAGAAAGCCAAACAUGAGCGUCCGUCUCCCCCCUCUGAUCCAGUGUGCCAGCCUCCAGAGUCCAAACGGCCCAAGACCAGCGACCCGCCGACCAAAACCAGCACCUCCCAGCCUUAGUGCUUACUGUCCUGUGAGGACGGGCCGGGGUACUUGAUCAUCUUUAAUGCAGAAACACUUGUGACACCACAAUGCAGCGUCAUCAGGUUUUGGUGGAUAUUGUAAUAUGACUGUAUUUUUAUCUCGCUAGGUAACUGUGUACUCCACUAUUACAAAAGAAAUUGCUUUGUGGGCAUUGUUCUGUUUGAAUUGUUUGUAGUUUUAGUUAUGUAUCAAGUUUGUAUUGUAAACAUAUUUAGAUAAUCAUUUGUAUUAUUCUGGUAACAUUGAGAUACUGAAUUACUCCUGUGUACAAAAAAAAAAAAAAAAAAAAAAAAAAAAAAGUGGUCUGCCUUAUUUGUCACUGAGAAUGUGAGAUUGUGGAAUUAAAACUACAAUGCCAACCUGAAGGACCUAAAAAAAAAAAAAACAGUGUCAGGUACUUCAAGGUUAGUUGU